UCCUUCAGUCUGCAUCCACUCACCAGUCACACUAAAACCUAGGCAAAUUUCUCCACCCUGACACCAAUAUUAUUCAUCUAAAUAAUACAUACAUAUACAUAUAAUUAAAGAAAUCUGCUGUGCCAAAAAAUGAUACCUAAUAUCAACGAAAAAGCGAAACAAUUAAACGAUUUGGAACCAUGGCAACCCAUGGUACAGACGUAUCAUCCCAACGAUGCAAAAUUGGCCUUUGAUACGACCGGGGUUCAAACUGACAAAAUUUUUAUUCUACGGAAAAGGACCCCAUUUCAAGACUACUGCUUCACCCAAGUGUUCUUUCACAAGGAUCGCGUCUACGGAAACUCGCCCGUUCUGGAUCGCUUCAUUGAUUUGGAAAAGGGACAUUUGUUCGAACUCGCCAAUUUGGACGAGUUGAAUGAGCUUCAUUUCCGUAGGAUGUUGGGGUUCUUUUACGGCUAUGACAUGAACUAUGUUGAGGACACGUGUGAGCUCACUGCGCUGUACAAGAUGGCGAUUCUCUUCAUGGUGAAACCCUUGGAGGAUUUUUGCUUGGCAAAAUUACUCCGUACAACGACUGGAAUACCUGCUUCGUCACAUUUUGUUGGUGACAAGGUUAACACAGAAAAUGAGCAAUUUGAUAAGGAAACUUCGAAAACUGCUGUGAACCCUGACGGAAUCGAGAAGCAAGUUUCAGACGACCAGGAGACACUCGAAUCUCAAAAUCCAGGGAAACCUGCAUCUCAGAACGAGAAAAUCUCUACCCUCAAGGACGACAUUAUUUCUGAAAUGGUCACCACGCUUAAAUCCGAGAUUCAGCAGGAACUCGCCGCCAGCGUGAAGGACGACCUCAAAAAACUCAUUUUGGAUGACUUGCGCCCCAAUAUUGAGCAACGUUUCCUUACCGAUGAGGACUUUAAGGAUCACAUCACCCAAGGAAUUAUAGCCGUUGCGCGGGAAGAACUAAAAAAUGGGGCAAGGAAUGACCCCUUUUGCAAGAUUGGAGUACAAGCCUUCCUCCAAAAUGAGUUUCUGGCAGAUAUUGAUUUCAAACACAAGUUAUGCGUCGAAUUAAGACCAAAAUUUAUUUCGGACUUAAAGGACGAGAUUUUACCCGAAUUAGGGAAAGAUAUUAAAGACAGGAUUUUGGCGGAUGAGCAAACCAAGACCGAGCUUGUGGGUCAAAUGCGGUCCAAAUUUUUGGUAAAUGACGACUUCCAAGAGGAGUUGGUUCAACUUUUGACGGAUUCUAUUCGGUCGGAAUUUUCAUAAAAAUUACGCAAAAAACAUAAUAUUUGUGUGAAUUCGAAAAUAAGGGUUUUGCAUUGAAAUUUAUUUUCCGUAUCAAUUGUUUUCUAAAUAUGUUUCCCAAGUUCACUUUUUGAAUGUUGUCCAACUUCAAUAAAUUCUUGACUGGUUUCCAAUUAUGUUGGGAAUAUAUGUAUGUACAUACAUUUUAAAAUUUUAUAGAGAAUGCUACACACAAUUUCCAUACGAGAAAACAAACUUAUGAAGUAUGUAUAUAAAUUAAUUGGGGAAAUUUAAUAAAACAUAAUAAU